CCACAUCAGUGGGAACAAGAUUGGCUGGGACAAGACGGGGAGCCACGGGGAGCCGCAAGCUCGGGGAGACCCAGGAGACCAAACAAAGACGGAAGGCUCAUCCACUGCCUCCUCGGGCAGCCAGCUUGCUGAAGGAAAGGGGAGCCAGAUGGGCACUGUGCAGCCGAUCCCGUGCCUCCUGUCCAUGCCCACCCGCAACCACAUGGACAUCACCACACCGCCCUUGCCCCCGGUGGCGCCCGAGGUACUGAGAGUGGCGGAGCAUCGGCACAAGAAGGGGCUGAUGUACCCCUACAUCUUCCACGUUCUGACAAAGGGUGAAAUCAAAAUUGCUGUUUCUAUUGAAGAUGAAGCCAGCAAAGACCUGCCUCCCGCCGCCCUGCUCUAUAGGCCAGUUCGCCAGUAUGUUUACGGAGUGCUGUUUAGCUUGGCAGAAAGCAGAAAGAAAACUGAGAGACUUGCUUUUAGAAAGAACAGACUUCCACCAGAAUUUCCGCCUGUGAUCAUUAAAGAGUGGGCAGCUUACAAGGGGAAAUCUCCGCAGACGCCAGAGCUGGUGGAAGCGCUUGCCUUCAGGGAGUGGACCUGCCCCAACUUGAAGCGGCUGUGGCUGGGGAAGGCGGUGGAAGACAAGAACCGCAGGAUGAGGGCCUUCCUGGCCUGUAUGAGGUCAGACACGCCCGCCAUGCUCAACCCGGCCAGCGUGCCCACCCACCUCACGGUGCUGUGCUGCGUCCUACGGUAUAUGGUGCAGUGGCCUGGAGCACGGAUCCUGCGUCGCCAGGAGCUGGACGCCUUCCUGGCUCAGGCGCUGUCCCCCAAACUCUAUGAGCCUGACCAGCUGCAGGAGCUCAAGAUUGAGAACCUCGACCCCCGAGGCAUUCAGCUGUCAGCUCUCUUCAUGAGUGGUGUGGACAUGGCCCUGUUUGCGAACGACGCGUGUGGCCAGCCUGUGCCCUGGGAGCACUGCUGCCCUUGGAUGUAUUUUGAUGGGAAGCUCUUCCAGUCCAAGCUCCUCAAAGCAAGCCGGGAAAAGACCCCACUCAUCGACCUCUGUGAUGGUCAGGCUGAGCAAGCUGCCAAGGUGGAAAAGAUGCGGCAGAGCAUCCUGGAAGGGCUGAACCUCUCCCGGCAGAGCCACCCACUUCCCUUCCCGCCACCCGCGGCGCUGCCUUUCUACCCUGCCUCCGUGUACCCCCGGCACUUCGGGCCCGUCCCCCCGGCUCAGGGCCGGGGGCGGGGCUUUGCAGGAGUCUGUGGCUUUGGAGGCCCCUAUGGGGAGACUGUAGCGACAGGCGCUUACCGUGCCUUCCGAGUGGCAACGGCAACGGGGCACUGCGGAGCCUUCUCCGGCGGUGACAGCAGCAGGACUAGCAAGUCGCAGGGUGGAAUCCAGCCAAUACCUUCUCAGGGAGGGAAGCUAGAGAUAGCUGGCACUGUGGUUGGCCACUGGGCUGGGAGCAGACGGGGCCGUGGGGGCCGUGGGCCUUUCCCCCUACAGGUAGUUUCUGUUGGAGGACCAGCAAGAGGGCGUCCAAGGGGAGUUAUUUCCACCCCGGUGAUCAGAACGUUUGGAAGAGGUGGACGGUAUUAUGGCAGAGGCUAUAAAAACCAGGGUGUGAUUCAGGGCAAGCCUCCUUAUGCUGCUUCAGCGGAAGAAGUGGCCAAAGAACUGAAGUCAAGAUCCGGGGAAUCCAAGUCGUCCGCCGUGUCUUCAGAUGGGUCCCUGGCUGAAAACGGAGCGGUGGCUGAGGAGAAGCCUGCUGCCCAGAUGAACGGGAGCGCAGGCGACGCCAGGGCCCCCAGCCACUCGGAAAGUGCCUUGAACAAUGACUCUAAGACGUGCAAUACAAAUCCUCACUUAAAUGCACUAAGUACAGACAGUGCUUGCCGCAGAGCUGAUGCUCUGGAGGCUGCUGUCUUAAAGAAAGAAGAGUAAACUUAUUUUUUAUAGAGGGUGAAGGAUGCUGGAAGGGUAGGAUUCAGGAAUAUCUGGAGAGAAAGAGAGCCUACAGUUAUGUACAUUUUUUCCUUUCCGUAAGAGAAAAAUGAGGACUUUGGAAAUUCGGAUCCCUCUUUGAUAUCAGAGAUUUAAACAACACAUUUUUAGUUUUAACCAGUUGUAGUCAAAAUGCUACAAUAAAACAAAAAGAGAGAAAGAAAAUGAAGAGCAUUUGACUCCCACACUUAAAAUGAAGUACACACACAGUUUAAACUGGUUAUGACAAAAGCCUAUAGUUGUGUUUCUUGAACUAUAAAGAAAACAAAUUUUGGCAGUCUUUAAGUAUAUAUAGCUUAAAAUAUCAUUUUUAGCAUUUGGCACCAUAUGUAUGCCAUUAUCUUUGAUUUUGCAUUACUGUUCACAAGAAAGCUUUGUCUAAGGCUUUGAUUUUAUGAUUAUGAAAGAAGUAAGGCACACCACGGUUUUUCUUUCUUACUUAAAUCUCAUCACUGUUGAUGUGGUUCUUUUGUGUUAAAAAAAAAAGUGCAACUAUCAAAACUAAAAAAUUAUAGAGUAAUAUUGCCGUUCUGCUGAUUUUAAAUAUGCAGUACAUCAUACUUACUUUACAAGCAAGUUAAAUGGAGAUAAAGUUGAAAUCAUAGAAGAUGCAAAUGACCUUUCAAAAUCAACACAAUGUGUUCUGAAACUUUUCGUGACUUAAUACCAUGCAUCUGUGAUCAAUGAACUAUGUGGUUUUGAUCGGACGUAGACCAUUAGUGCUACUACUUGAGCUAACCUUCUGCAUGGUUCAUAAUUUUUAAAGUGUGUAGUUAAUAUUAUGCAUGUUACUGUCCUUCCAUUCUUACCAGUAUGUGCCCAUUUGCAAAACAAAAUGCUAAUAAUCAGUAAUAGUCCUAUAAAAGAUGUUAACUCUGUUUAGUCAUUGACUGAUCUUGCUCUAACCUUAAAAUUUUGUGAUUAUUGACCUCUGUUGCAUUUAUUCUAAAAACCCCCCCAAAAUUAUCUAGCUGUUUCAAAUAUCAACAUUACCCUGGUGUAUUCACUGCUGUAUGCAUUAUUGUUCUUUGUUGCUGUUUUAUGCCUUCAUAUUAGCAAAAUAUGAAAUUCUGUGAAAAACAAAAAAAAAAAUCCCUUUGAUCUUAAAAAAAAAAAACAAAAAAAACAACCUCCCCUUCUGUAGCAGGAAACAAAUUGCUUGUUCUUGAGAACUUUCCCAUCAAGAAUUUAGUAGAAGCAGGUAUACUUAUAUCAUUUUGAUGUUUUUGUUACUGUUUCCAAACAAUGUACUUUGAAAUCAGAAUCACUUCUUAUUCGUUUUCAUAUAAUUCUCCUGAUGCUCUUCAUCACACAUUAGUGAUCAGAAAUGAGAUGUAAUUCCCCAAUCCCUGCCCGCGAGACCUGAGUAGGAUCUUACUGUAAGUUGAAGGGAGUUCUGCCCUAACUCAUGGAUUGUGCAAGAAUGAACUGCUGUUGGGUCUGACUGAUUGUAGGUGGGUUGUGGAGUGCUGUACCGAAGGCUAUUGAAUGCAACUUACAAUGCUUAAUAAAAAUCUUUAUUCUUUUAGUAUAAA